GGUUGUGCAGUGUGCCCAGUGUGCCCUGACAGACCUGCCCUCGUUGCCCUGCUGCCAGGGACCCUGGAACUAAUCCCCUGGGCACAGGAGAUGCAGUGGGAUUAGCGGUUGGGAAAUUAGGCACCACAUCUGCCGGCUUAGGCAAAGCCUGCGCCUCAGAGUCCGGGAAGCCUUGUCAGUGCUGCAGAGCACGGGGCUGCGGAGGCCCUGGUCAGCCGUGGCGGCCUGAGUCACUCGUUCUCCUGGAGCCCUGUGGAAGAGGGCUUUUUGUCUGCACUUCUCUGACUCAACUUCUUGCCUAUGAGAACUUCUUGAGUGUAGACCUGAAUCUUCAAGGAGCUGGAAUCUUCCAUGCUUUGGAGAAAAUGAAGACCCAGGCUGGCCGGCAGCCCCGCCUGCCGAAAGCGAUCAAGAGGUGGCUCUUCCCGGCCUCCAGUGGCCUCCUCUUCCUGCUGUCGGUGGUCAUGACUGGCUGCUUCCUGUGGCAGUACCACCUCCCCAAGCUGCAGACCGGUUCCUUGGGACCAGAGGUGACCUCUGCGCCUGUGAGGAUGUGUCCCCAGCACCCUGAACCUGUGCCUCUGGCUCACCCACUCCCUGUGUUGAAGGAGGCCCUGGAAAAGGUUCAUGGGAUCCUGCGCCAGGCCAUGUCUGCCCCAGGCCUGGCUGCCAUGUCUGCAGUUGUCAUCCACAAUGACACCGUGCUCUGGACCGGGAACUUUGGGAAGAAGAAUGGCUCAGACCCCAAUUCUGGGGCCCCCAAUGAGUACACCAUGUACCGGAUCGCCAGCCUCUCUAAGAUCUUCCCGGUCCUCAUGUUGUACCGGCUGUGGGAGGAGGGCACCGUGGCCUCCCUGGAUGACCCCCUGGAGCGCUACGCCAGCACCUUCACCAUCCACAACCCGCUGGGCACGGCCUCGGCCUUCCAGCACCAGGGCCUGGUAGAUGGGCUAGACGAGGCGGGCCCGGCUCCCAGGCCCUCGCCUGUCACUCUCCGGAGGAUGGCCAGCCAGCUCUCAGGGCUGCCCAGAAGGCUGCGCUCCACGUCGCUGCUCUGGCGGGGCAGCACCCAGGAGGCCCUGAGCCUGCUCAAGGAUGACGUGCUGGUGGCCGAUCCAGGAACCAGGUGCCAUUACAGCACGCUGGCCUUCUCGCUGCUGGCGCACGUGCUGGCGGCCCACACCGUCCAGGGUGACUACCAGCGCUGGGUCUCGGAGAACGUGCUGGAGCCGCUGGGGAUGGCGGACACGGGCUUCGACCUCACGCCGUCGGUGCGCGCCCGCCUGGCCGCGGGCUUCUACGGCAGCGGGCGGCCGGCGCCGCUCUACGACCUGGGCUGGUACCGGCCCUCGGGCCAGAUGUACUCCACGCCCGCCGACCUGGCCAAGCUGGCCGUGGCGCUCCUGGGCGGCGGUGCCCCGCGGCUCCUGCGGCCCGACGCGGCCAAGACGCUGCUGGCGCCGCUGCUGGCCUGCCCGGCCGCCUACUUCGCCAACGAGACGGGCACGCCGUGGGAGUUCCACGCGCAGCGGGGCUACCGCGUGGUGCGCAAGGACGGGGACCUGGACGGCUACGCCGCCACCUUCUCGCUGGUGCCGCCGCUGCGCCUGGGCCUGGUGCUGCUCCUGGCCGGGCCGCGGCCGUCGGGGCGGGACCUGGUGGCCGACGCCUACGACGUGCUCGUGCCCGCCCUGGAGCGCGCGCUCCGCGAGGCCGAGCGCAGCCCCGCGCCGCCGCCCAGCGCGCGCCCCUUCGCGGGCUACUUCACCUUCUCCAACCGGACCUUCUACGAGGUGCGCGCCGGGCCGGCGGGCGAGCUGCUGCUGCGCCAGUUCGGGCCCCGCGUGGAGGCGCUGGUGCCGCCCGCCUUCCGCACGCUCGCCCUGCGCCACGUGCGCGGCCGCGUCUUCCAGCUGCACGUGGCCCGCCAGUUCCCGUGCGCGCUGCCGCUCGGCGACUCCUGGCUCUCGCUGGAGGCCCAGCACGGGCAGCUGGUCAACUUCUACCCCCUAGACCCUCGCGGGCUGUCCCCGGGCUUCGACGUGCCUGGCCUCAACACUUACCGGGUGCUGCGCCUGCAGCGCAAGCCCGUGUUUAAGGCUCAGUGACCCCAGGUGGGGGCUGCAGCCUGCGCUCCCCUCGGCCUGCAGGUUUCCAGCCGAGGUGUGGGGCCAUGGCUGCAGAGACGCUGAGAGAGAACCGGAGCAAUUGGCACAGUAGGGUAGGCAGUGAUACUUAAGUGGACCACAGCCAGUCUGCAAACCGUGUCCGUGUUGGAGGAGGAGUUACGAACAGAAAACUUUAGGAAGCAUUUAGAAAUUUUACUUUUGUGUCUGUAGAACCUAAGACACAACGUGGGGUUAUAGUUUGCCCCCCCCCCUUCUCUUCCUUGUGAGAUUUUGAGACAAGGUUUGGCUACCUAGGCCGGGCAGGCCUCAAACACAUGAUCCUCCUGCUUCAGCGUCCUAAGUAGUGAGAUUUUAGGCUUCCCCUUGCCUCUGCCCGGCUAUGUUUUGUCUCUUAACAAUCAGCCAUAUGGUUGUUAGAAUUUACCUACAGUUUGUUUGCAGUGCUGGAGUUGGAACCUGGGGUCUCACGCACACCAGGCAAAUCCUCUACCACCGAGCCACAUCCCCAGCCCCAGUUGGAUGAUUUUGACAAAUAUUUAUAUCCAUCGACACAAUCAAGACACAGGAAAUCCUCAUCGCUCCCCGGAGAUCCCCUCUACCCAGCCCGAGGCAACUUGGCUGAUGCGCUUUUUGUCACUAUAGAUUAGUCUCGCCUGUUCUAGAAUUUCACGUAAAUAGAAUCAUACAGCGGGGUCUUUUGUCUCUCUCUCCUGUGGCUCAGCAUGCUGUUUUUGAGGUUCAUGUGUGUGUACAUAUCAAUAGUUUGCUGCCCUUUAUUCCAUUGUUUAGGUAUGCCACCAUUGUGUAGCCUUUGCCUCGCUGAUGGACAUUUGGGUUGUUUCCAGAUGGGGGCUAUUGUGGGCGAGCGCUGUGGUGCGAGGCUUUUUGUGAACGCGUGCUUUCCUAUCUCCUGGGUAAACCUCUAGGUGUGACUGCCAUGCAAUUUUCCAAAGUGCUUGUACCAUUUUACACCCCCAUGCAGCAGUAAGGCGGUCUUGUUGCCCCCAUUUUGGGCUUGUAUGUGAUGUUAGUUUUUAAAAUUUUAAUUACAUUGGUGGUUGCAAAGUCACAUCUCGAUCAUUGUGGCUUUAGCUGAAUUCUAUGUAUUAAAUUCUGAAAACUUUAGUUUUUAUAUACAGGUGUGUGCUGCCACCCCCUGCUGAAAGCUCUUUAUGUUCUCUGGAUAGAAAUCAUUGUCAAAUAUAUGUAUUGUAAAUAUU